CUGACCAUGUCUGGUCGCGGCAAAGGCGGGAAGGGCCUGGGCAAGGGCGGCGCCAAGCGCCACCGCAAGGUGCUGCGCGACAACAUCCAGGGCAUCACCAAGCCCGCCAUCCGGCGCCUGGCGCGGCGCGGCGGCGUCAAGCGCAUCUCCGGGCUCAUCUACGAGGAGACGCGCGGGGUGCUCAAGGUCUUCCUGGAGAACGUGAUCCGCGACGCCGUCACCUACACGGAGCACGCCAAGCGCAAGACGGUCACGGCCAUGGACGUGGUCUACGCGCUCAAGCGCCAGGGCCGCACCCUCUACGGCUUCGGCGGCUGAGCCCGUCCCCCCCCCCCGUUCCCCCCAAAGGCCCUUUUCAGGGCCGCCCACCCCCUCUCGGAAGAGCUGCGCGC